AUGUCUGCCAGAGUGUUAAUCUUUUUAGUGCUUUUCCAGAUUCAUUUGUGCUACAAGAAAAAUUCGCAAACUAUCUCCGUCGAUUCAGCAAACUUGACCAAACUUAAAGAAGUUUUUCGUUGGAUAUUGACACAAAAUAGUGACAUUUACGAAGUCAAGAUAUAUGAUAAUAGUAGUUUGGCUACUUCUGUUAAUGAAAUGCUGCGGUACUCCCAAAUCCCACGUGUUGUAACUACCAAAAAUACGAAGCGAAAAUAUCAAUCUGCCCCCAUUCAAUUUCAAGACAAUUUCCUAUUUGUGCUGUUUUCCGAAAAUGUCACGUUUGUCCCGAUAAUUAUUUCAGAGGGAAUGUCUUUACAGCACUUGGUCAAUCGGUCGAAAAUUCUAGUGGUACUUGAAAGAGAGGUGGACUUGGUGGACGUGGAAAAUAUGUUCAGAAGUUUAUGGAAUUCCGCAGUUCUGAACAUAAUUGUGCUCCAAUUAAAGUAUGAUGGUUCGGUCCUUGCUUUCACCUACAAUCCAUUUAAAAAUCAGUUUCUAGUGAAAAUUGAACUGAAUCGUAAAGCAAUCUUUUAUCCGGACAAGUAUCGAAAUAUGUUUGGGAGGAAUUUAGAAUUGAUCACUUUCCAGAUAGUGCCAGACACUGUGAAGAUAUUUUGGAAGGAUAGUUGGAUUUGGCUGGGCGUUGCAGUCGAGAUGGCACCGUUAAUUGCCGCAUAUUGUAAUGCAACCCCUGUUGUUCUAAUGCUGCAAAAUGCGCCGUAUGGAGUGGAGCUGUUCGCAAAUGAAAGUUUCUCCUACGUAACUGGCGGGGUGGCUCUGAAGAUUCAGAAAAGUAAGAUUUUAAUAACACCCCAACGAGGAUUUACAGGACCAUCCCUUCUAUUUGAUCACACAUACCCAUUUGAACUGGGAAUGAAAAUAAUUUUGGUGCCCAAAGCGCGGAUUUUGCCAUCCUUUUUGAUAUUUUUCGAAAACUCCAAAUUAGGAGUUGUAAAUUUGGUACUGAUAUCGAUGGUGGUGGUAGCUGUUGCAUUGAAGAUAUCUCUGAUAAUCUUGGGAUUUCGUACUAAUGUACAGGAUCUGUGUUUUAAACUUUUUGCAACGUUCAUGUCUCAAGGAAAUGUUGGUUUGAGUGCUAUGUUACCCGUUCGCAUAAUAUUCGCAUCCUGGCUUCUAUUUUCCCUGAUAUUAACUGCAACCCUCAGUGGUGAAAUUCUACAUAGUUUUAUUGUCACUGUCUAUGGAAGAGACAUUAAUGAUCCAGCGGAGGCUCUUCAAAUUCCACAUUGGAAUUUUUAUACAUUCGUUGACUAUGUACACAUUUUAACAAAGAAAAGAUCCAAUUUUCAAAAGCUCUUCAGUAAACGAGUUCGUGGACUUCCAAAAGAAAUAUUGUACGAAAAAGCAUUCAAUGCUACUGGAUAUGAUGCGUUUAUUGUUUCAGAAUCUGUAGCGAAUUUCAUCAUUGCAAAAGUUGGCCAGCAUUCAUAUCAUAAAACUAGGGGUAUUGUCCAGGACUUAUACUCGUAUUACGUCAAACGUGGAUCACCGUUCUUCACUACAUUCAAUGGAUUAAUACAGAAAUUGUUCCAGUCAGGUUUGGAAGGACAUUGGGCUCGGAAAACGACAUGGUACGACCAUCAGCUUAAAUUUAACACCCAAUCGAAAAACGCGUUAACCUUCCGUGAAUUUUUGAAAAUAUUGAAAAUGUUUAGUAUUUGCCUUAGUCUUAGCGUUGUCGUUUUCAUUUUGGAACAUGCUGUAGUCCUUUCGAAACGUCUAUUUCGUAAAAUUAAAUUGAGAAAUUGCAAAUUAAUGAAAACAAAUGUUAAACAAAAGCCAAUCCAUUAAAAUGGGGUAAUCACGGUUUUUUGAAUUCAACAAAAUUUGUUUUUAUAAUUCACUUGAUUGAAAAAUAUA